CCGCGUGCCGCAGCCCGCGCCGCCGGUCCCCGCCGCGCGCCCCCGCUGCCCCGCGCCCCCGCCGCCGCGCUCGCUGGCUGGCCCAGUGCGGGCGCCCGGCUCCCGCCGCGGGAGAGGACCGCCAGCGCUGCCACCACCCCUUCGGCCCGGGCCCGGGCCCCUACCCCGCCGCGGGCCCCGGCCCCGGCCCCCCGGCCGGCCGGGCGAUGAAGUGUCACUACGAGGCGCUGGGGGUGCGGCGCGACGCCAGCGAGGAGGAGCUCAGGAAGGCCUAUCGGAAGCUGGCCCUGAAAUGGCACCCGGAUAAAAAUCUGGAUAAUGCCGUGGAAGCAGCUGAGCAAUUUAAAUUAAUCCAAGCAGCGUACGAUGUGCUGAGUGACCCUCAGGAAAGAGCAUGGUAUGAUAAUCAUAGGGAGGCUCUGCUCAAAGGGGGGCUCGAUGGGGAGUACCAGGACGACAGCCUAGAUCUGCUGCACUAUUUCACUGUUACCUGUUACUCUGGUUAUGGAGACGAUGAGAAGGGCUUUUAUACGGUAUAUCGUAAUGUUUUUGAAAUGAUUGCAAAGGAAGAACUAGAGUCUGUGUUGGAAGAGGAUGAUGAGGAUUUCCCAACUUUUGGAGACUCUCAGAGUGACUAUGAUACGGUCGUCCACCCUUUCUACGCCUACUGGCAGAGUUUCUGCACCCAGAAGAACUUCGCUUGGAAGGAGGAGUACGAUACCCGGCAGGCCUCCAACCGCUGGGAGAAACGCGCCAUGGAGAAAGAAAACAAAAAGACUCGGGACAAAGCCAGGAAAGAGAAGAAUGAGCUUGUCCGGCAGCUGGUGGCUUUCAUCCGGAAAAGAGAUAAAAGAGUGCAGGCCCACCGGAAGCUGGUGGAGGAGCAGAACGCAGAGAAGGCGAGGAAGGCCGAGGAGAUGAGGCGGCAGCAGAAGCUGAAGCAGGCCAAACUAGCAGAGCAGUACAAAGAACAGAGCUGGAUGACGAUGGCCAACUUGGAGAAGGAGCUCCGGGAGAUGGAGGCGCGGUACGAAAAGGAGUUUGGAGAUGGCUCCGAGGAAGAGGAAAUGGAGGAGCAGGAGCUCAGAGACGGGCAGGAUGCUGGAGACAGCGAUGAGGCCGAGGAUGCAGGGCUCUGUGAGGACCUGUACUGCCCGGCGUGUGACAGAUCUUUCAGGACGGAGAAGGCCAUGCGGAAUCAUGAAAAAUCAAAGAAGCAUCGGGAAAUGGUGGCCUUGCUAAAACAACAGCUGGAGAAGGAGGAAGAAAAUUUCUCGGGACCGCAGACUGAUGAGAAUCUAUUGACUGCCAAUUCCGAGGAAGAAAUGGAGGACGCACCAAAACAAAAGCUUUCUAAAAAACAGAAGAAAAAGAAACAGAAACCAGCACAGAAUUACAAUGAUAAUUUCAAUGAAAAUGGAACUGGAGAAGGAGUAAAAGUUGAUCCAGAAGAUACCAACUUAAAUCAAGACAGUGCCAAAGAAUUAGAAGAUUGUCCCCAAGAAAGUGUCAGCGUCACAGAGACUGUUCAGCUGUGUGAUGACCCAAAAAGUGAGGCUAAAAGUGUUUCUAAACCCAGAGGAAAGAAAGCCAAAGAUACGAAAAAACCUGUCAAAGUACCUGCUGAACCACAGACACUGAGCGAUGUCCUUUUGAGCUGUACAACCUGCCACAGUGAGUUUCCAUCCCGGAAUAAACUCUUUGACCAUCUGAAGGCCACAGGCCACGCAAGAGCACCUUCAUCAUCUUCCCUAAAUGGUGUGACAGGCAGUCGAAGCAAGAAAGAGAAACGUAAAAACAGAUAGGCAUUCUGCCGACGCUUUUUUUUUUUGAUUGUCUUUAGAUUUUGAAACCAAAAACUGGACUGAAAUCAUCUAAAGAGUUAAAAUUUCAGUGAUCUGCAAUUUACUGCAUUGUGGAAGAUUAUUUUUUAUCUUGUAAAAACAUUUUUCUGUUUAAUAUAUAUAUUUUUAAACAUUUCAUUAGUGAUUGAACUCUACUUUUGCCAUCUGAAUUGACUUGAAUAUCUCAAAACAGGUAAAUAUUGUAAAGUACGUGUUCUUGAUUUCUGUUGGCUCAUGUGGACAGAAAUG